AUGGCUCAAAUGGAUUUGGAGUUGAAGAAGGCCUUCACGGAAAUGCAAAUAAAUAAAUUGGAAACGACGAAAAAAAUAAGCAUGAUUGACAUGAAAUGCGACAUGGUGAAGACGGGGAAACAAAAGUAUUCGCUAACAGAGAAAAGCACCAGCAAUCUAACAGAUGACACCAAGGUCUACAUGUCGGUGGGUCGCAUGUUUCUGUUAACUGAUUUGGAUAGUAUGCGCAAUGAGCUAAAGGCCAAGCAGGAUAAAUGUGAUAAAGCCAUCGAACUGCUCGAAAAGAAAAAGGAAUUUCUGCAAAAGUCGCUUAAGGAUCAGGAGGACGGACUACGUGAGCUGGUGCAGCAGCGCAAGGAAGCGGAUGUACCAGCCAAAUAAAAAACACAAACACACUCACAA